AUCAGUCGGUAAGUCAUGGCGAGAAUAUCCGCGGUUCGUUUGUAGCUCAUUGCGCGAAUUUAACGUUUUUCUCGCGAAAAUCACUCAAUUCGCCGGUAUCGGUUGUUCCAAUUCGCAUUAAAAUUGCAAGAAUUAUGAAGUGAAUAGUUUUGUGUGCAGUGCGUAAUGCGAAUAAGCGCGGAAAUCGGGUAAAACAUCGGUUCCGGGAGUGCGCAACGAGUUCUGUUGCGGUGUUUGGACGGCGGUCGCGCGCCCACGACAGGAAGAUAGUCACCUGCCUCCAAAAAAGGCUCAGUCCGGAGCGUCUUGAACGGGUUAAACGACACAUUGACGAAGUGUUCUGAACACACAAGUAACAAUGAUCGGCUCAGAUAAUUGAAAGAAUAGCGCUGUGAAGGUGACAAAGAAGGACCAUCAAAAUGAGCAAGAAAUCGUCAUUUAAGGACAGAAAUCGGACUGCUAGUCAGAAGAUGGCUGAACGCCUCUAUGAUAUUGUGAUGAGUGGUUUGAUGGUGAAAAGGGCGCAAAAUAAAAAGCGUUUUACGCCUGUAAAUUACAAACAAAGAUGGUUUGAAUUGACGAAGAAGACCUUGUCGUAUUUUGAUGUAGAAAAUAUAGAGAGGCGGCGUGAAAAAGGUCGUAUAAACGUUAAAGGUGUACGUCUAGUCGAAAGUGCCCAAUUAGAUGGAGAUGGUGGCGAUCCAUAUGCUCCUGACGGUUUUCCGUUCCAAGUAGGCUAUUGUGAAAACGAUAAUCAAACAGGGUCGCGAUCAUUACCGCAGUAUACAUUAUAUUUGAUAGCAUCGAGUGAAAAAGAACGAUCUGAAUGGAUUCGAGCUAUUCGACAAGUUUGUGAAGAAACCAAUACACCAAAACUAUAUCGUUUCCAUCCGGGCAUCUGGUCCGGUAAGAAAUGGUCAUGCUGUAAGAUUAUAAAUCGAACGACGUUCGGAUGUCAAGCUGCAACGCAUUGGCGUGAAACCAACAAUAAUCCAAGCACAGGAAGCUCUCCAGCCCAAAAUUCGACACGGAGCAUAAGUCCUAAUUCAAAUUCCACAAGUCAAUUUAGUAUUCAACAUAAUAGCUCGGGUAGUUUGGGCAGUUCGACGCCCACAUCGUCCCAUCCUCAGUCAUCCGUUUCGACAUUCAAGACAAAUAUUGUGAACGGUAAUACGCCGAAUCUUAGUGAUAGCACAAUGCCAGGUGGAAUUCCUGCGCCAGGAACACCAAAUUCAAAAGCAAAAGACAAUUCACAUUUUGUAAAAAUCGUAGUCGCGCUCUAUCCAUUUAAAGCCAUCGAGGCAGGUGAUCUAUCGUUAGAAAAGAAUGCCGAAUACGAAGUUAUCGACGAUUCACAAGAACACUGGUGGAAGGUGAAGGACCAGCAUGGAAAUAUUGGAUAUAUUCCUAGUAAUUAUGUAAAGGCUAAAGGUCUUCUUGGAUUAGAACGAUAUGAGUGGUACGUUGGUGACAUGUCCCGCCAACGUGCAGAAUCUCUUCUUAAGCAAGGCGACAAAGAAGGCUGUUUCGUAGUUAGAAAAUCCUCAACAAAAGGUCUAUAUACCCUGUCACUACAUACCAAAGUUCCCCAAUCGCACGUAAAACAUUAUCAUAUUAAACAGAAUGCUCGUGGCGAAUACUAUUUAUCUGAAAAGCACUGCUGUGAGACAAUUCCUGAUCUAAUCAAUUAUCAUCGACACAAUUCGGGUGGUCUUGCCUGCCGUCUAAAGUCAUCGCCCUGUGAUAGGCCAGUUCCGCCAACUGCCGGAUUAUCCCAUGAUAAAUGGGAAAUCCAUCCAUCCGAACUGAUGCUCUUGGAGGAGUUAGGAUCUGGCCAAUUUGGUGUAGUUAGACGAGGUAAAUGGCGUGGAUGCAUCGAUACGGCUGUUAAAAUGAUGAAAGAGGGAACUAUGUCUGAAGAUGAUUUCAUUGAGGAAGCAAAAGUCAUGACAAAAUUGCAACAUCAGAACUUAGUGCAAUUGUACGGUGUUUGCUCCAAACAUCGACCUAUCUACAUUGUUACGGAAUAUAUGAAACAUGGAUCGUUACUCAACUACCUACGAAGACAUGAAACAUCUCUAAUCGGAAAUAUGGGGUUACUGCUCGAUAUGUGCAUCCAGGUUAGCAAAGGCAUGGCAUACCUUGAACGACACAAUUACAUCCAUCGUGACUUAGCUGCAAGAAAUUGCCUUGUUGGUUCCGAGAAUGUUGUAAAAGUGGCCGAUUUCGGUUUAGCUCGAUACGUUUUAGAUGACCAAUACACAAGCUCCGGCGGUACCAAGUUUCCCAUUAAAUGGGCACCACCAGAAGUGCUGAACUACACUAGGUUUUCAUCUAAAAGUGAUGUGUGGGCUUAUGGAGUCCUUAUGUGGGAAGUCUUCACUUGCGGAAAGAUGCCAUACGGUCGCCUAAAGAAUACAGAAGUUGUAGAGCGUGUACAACGUGGAAAUAUUCUAGAGAAACCAAAGGCUUGUGCCAAGGAGAUUUAUGAUGUUAUGAAAAAAUGCUGGUCUCAUUCACCGGAAGAGCGGCCAUCAUUUCGUAGUCUUAAGGAGCAACUGGCUCUAGUUGCGCAAAACUUAACAGACUAAACAAAAGAACUCUAAAACUAAAAUAAUCCUAGGAUCAACAUACCUAUUAUGAUACAAACGUAUUUAAGUAUUUACAAUCUUUCGCAUUUUUUUGUAAAAGGAUGAAUGAUUAUGAAAUUUUAUAAAAUAAAACAAAAAAAUUGAAUGCAAAAGAAUGUUAUUAUUAUGAUGAAUCUCCGAAGCAAAUAAAAAAGCAAGAAACUGUAGUUGUGCGUAAGAUUAUAUGAAAUACAUGAUAUAAACGUAAAGAAAUAAUAAAAAGGCGAUUUCCCAUUUUUACCA